AUGGCUGAAAAUGGCAUUGAAGCCCAAUCUCUGACAGUUACUCAAUCCUUCCAUCCCGAAUACAUUAUAUUAUCUUUUAUUGUUAGUUUCGUUGGUUGUGCCACAUGUCUCGAACUACUGCAUCGACGAACCGCCCGCCUUGGGCUUUACAAUUGGUAUCUUCUUAUCACCGCAGCGGUUUGCAUGGGAGGAAUUGGGAUAUGGUGCAUGCACUUUAUUGGAAACUGCGCUAUACACCUGCAUAGAGGCAACCUGCAGUACCAGAUUUCCUACUCUUCCACAUUUACUGCCACCUCGUUCUUCCUGCCGAUUAUUGUCCUACUAUUCGCAUUCUACUUCAUCGGUGCAAGUGAAAGAGCAGGUUAUCGGUAUAUCAUUGCUACUGGUACUCUUACCGGAGUGGCUGUCUGUGGUAUGCACUAUGUUGGGCAGUUGGGCAUUGCAAACUACUCUUGCACCUACCAAGUCGGAAACGUCGUCGGCGCUGCUUUGAUUGCCAUUUGUGCCAGUAUCACUGCAUUGGGAGUAUUUUUCAGACUUCGGGCGUCAUGGACAGAUGACUGGUGGAAACGGCUCUUCUGCGGGUUAAUUCUGGCUAGUGCUGUGUCCGGGAUGCACUGGACCGCAGCUGUCGGAACGAUAUACCGUGUGACGAGUACCGUUGGCGCAAAGGGACAGCUUUCUUCGUCGCAGGCCGUCAUCAUUUGCUGUACAUUGUCCUUAAGCUCGUGCUUUUUCCUAAUCUGUCUCGCCAUCAUUGCCGGCCGCCAACGUAAGAGACUGGCAAAGAGAGUCCAGCAGCUGUCUCUCGCCUGUGCGUUCUUUGACGCCUCCGGAAAUGUCAUGGUAGCGCCUGAUGGUAGUAUACCAACAUACAAAAUAACAAAUCAUUAUGUUGAACGGAGCUUUGCCGAUGAUGAAUUUAAUAGAGUGCAUCCAGCAUUCCUCUGGGCGUUCAGAGCAAGCCGAAACUGGCCCCAUCUAAAACAAUUCAUACAGGGCAUGAAUUACUAUAUUAAGUCUGAUGAAUUUAUGAAGCAAUACUGCCCGGGUGCUACUACUACUCCGGACACUGGUGACAACAAUAUCAAUUUCGAGCUCAUUUUUAAGCAGCUCUUCUGUAUAGCUGCGCAGGGUCUUUCAGAAGAGCUUCGUUUGCCACUAGAGAAGUUGGGGGUACUGUAUGACGAUGUCAUGUUAACGGGAACGAAAACAUCGAAAUCUAGAAAACCUCACCAUAGCGAUCCAGAGGCUACAUGCGCGCCGUCGACUAUUGUCGGCAAAGGGCAGUGUAUAUUCAUGGUACGACAACUCAACAAACAGGAGGCCAUUGAUUUGUCUAUGGGAGGAUACCGCUUUGCCUCUCCCAAUAAUAUCUCAUCUCCUCUGGCCAGAUUGAUGCAGGUAGACCCCAGGGACAUGUUAGACCACCUAAAUCGGAUGAAAGAUUAUGCUACGCCUGAGAAGAUGCUCGAUCCAGGUGUCUACCUUGUGGGCUUCUCGCUCUAUCCUUCUGUCUGGACAGGAUUUGACGUCCUUGUAUAUGGGGACGCACCGAACUUGCUUCCUAAUGUACGGUUACCGAUUGAGACAGUGACCCAGUCCCAUCUGGACAUAUUAUCAAGGAUGGAUGGAUGGCCACUAUCUCUUUGCUUGAAGUGGCUAAAGGCCAAUGGCGGCUACGAAGAUCCCGAAGCCCAGACCUUCUGUCAAGCUGUGUACGGAGCUGCAUCAAAUCUUUCUGCUUCUGUUGAUAGCCCGACGUUUGGCCAAGCCAAAUUCUCCUCUCGGCAGAUAAAAAUCCCCUGCCGGUCACCAGGCCAUUCGCAAGCAACCGGCCAAUGUACCGCAUUCUCAUUUUACAUUAUCAACGGGCUACUAACCCGUACGACACCCCCACAUUUACGCCUUACUCCCCUGCGACUAUUCAACGUUCAGCAACAGGUAUAUCCAGGUAUCCCAGAUCAUGAUGUCUUCCGAGACAGCCUAAGGGAGGAGUUCUCCCAUUGUCUGUACGAGGACGAGAUGAAAGGCAGGAAAUCUCCUCCUGCUCCUCCGUCAACGGCCAGAUCAGUGUCUCUCAAGAAUGGGUCUAUGCAACAGCCAGGGGAAGAUGACACAAAUGGUGGUGCGGGCCAGUCGAACCACUGGCGACCUACACAUGGCGGAAUUGUGAUCCGCAACCAAAUUACGGUGGAUGUAGUCCAAAAUGGCGACCCAAAACCGUGUAACGAAGGGUUUGAGAUGCAGAGUGUCGGGGCCACGGUGGAAGCGGGAUAUGUCAAGGACGAAAACGAGACGUUUGUCGACGAACUCUGCGCAAUCUGUCGAAAAGCGGCCGCUGAUCAAGACCGGGCGAAUAGCUAA